UUGCCUACUUAAGGUUCUUAUAUUUGCUAAAAACUAUAAACUCUACACUGAGUUUCGCCGCCUCACUUAAUUCUACAUGCACUUCAAUGCCAUUUCGUUCCUUACACAAAUGUCAUCAGCUGUGCACAAACCUUUCUGGUUUGUUUUGUUGCCUACACGUGCAUAGACUAGCGAAGUAAACAAAUUAGUAAAAUAUCUAAAUUUAUUGAAAUGAGUUUAUUCAAGCCAGCAGCUUGGGACAGCACAGUUGAGGUUUUUAACUUCCAGUCGGCGAAGAAAAACUCACAAAAUUCGGUGGAAAAGACAAAUAAAAAUAUUGCCAAUGAGAUUUUGAAGAAAAAACAAAAAAAUAAAGUCAAAAAAACUUCCAUCAAAAAUGGACGCAUCGAAAAAAGAAAGCAAAAAAAGUUACAAAAACAAAAAUUGAUUCCAAAAGGUCUGCAGCGUCCAGUCAAGCCCAUAAACAGCGAUGAUGAGGAUAGCAGCAGCGCUGAUUCCAGUGCCGAAAGUGAUAGCGACGGUGGCAUUGGAAGCAAGCAAAAAGUCAUCAAAAGUGGUAGAAUAGAAAAAAAUAAACUAAAACGUGUGGAAAAAUUAAAUAAAUCCAAGCUAACCGAAGUGCAUAAUAAAAACGUUGCCGCGGUGACGGCUGCAACAAAUGAAUUGAAAUUGAUUACGCCAGCUAAUGCUCAGUUCAGUGCCUACCAAGAGAAAUUGAAGUCUCAGCUCGUCGGCGGACGUUUCCGUUUUAUCAAUGAACAACUCUACACUAUGUCCAGUCAAAAAGCAGUGGAGCUUUUUACUGCUGACAGAGAGGCAUAUACGGCUUACCAUGAAGGUUUCCGGCAUCAAUCCGAACAAUGGCCAUUCAAUCCGCUUAAACGUAUUAUCAAAACGAUUAAAAAUUUACCAAAAACUUUUGAAAUAGGCGAUUUCGGUUGUGGUGAUGCAGAAUUGGCCAAGUCUGUGCCCAAUAAAGUAUACUCCAUAGAUUUAGUCAGCGCCAAACCUGAUAUUAUUGCUUGCGAUAUGGCACAUACGCCACUCAAAAAGGAAUCACUCGACGUAGCGGUGUAUUGCUUGUCUUUAAUGGGUACUAAUCUUAAGGAUUUCAUGCUUGAAGCUAAUCGCGUACUCAAAGUGGAUGGUCUACUCUAUAUUGUCGAAAUACAAACGCGUUUUGAUAACGUACAGGACUUCAUACAACGUUUACGAAGCUGUGGUUUCCAACUGGUGAGGAAAGACAUGCUGAGCAAAUUGUUUUUGUUCUUCCAAUUCAAAAAAGUACAGAGCAUUGGGAAAGUUGCUAUUGUGAAGCCUUUUCAGCUGAAACCGUGCCUUUAUCGUAAGCGAUAAAUACUCAUUGAAGCUUAUAAUUUAGCAAUAAGGAUAAUGACUACUUUUAGAUAUUAAGGUAUUCUGUGGAAGUAAAAUCACCAGCACAAUUGCCGAGAAAUUCAUUGGAGGAAAUCCCAACUAUACUUAACAACUAAAAACCAUAUUUGUUAUAUUUACAGGUUCUUUCACUCUUUGCACCAUUUAAGAACUGUAAUAUAAUAUUGUAUGUACAUAAGUAAAUUAAAAAGUGUUGUAUAUAUUGCUCUUACCUGACAUGAUAAUUGUUCUGGCCUGCUGUAUGUUCUUUAAUAAGA